AUGUCUCACGAGGAGGAUCUCAUUGACUACUCCGACGAGGAGCUUCAGACCACUGAUGCCGCAGCUACCACUGCUGCUCCCGCCGCAAAUGGCGACAACGCCAAAACGGGCGACCUAACGGUUUCUGGUGGCCGUCCGGACAAGAAGGGAAGCUAUGUCGGUAUUCACUCGACCGGUUUCCGCGACUUUUUGCUGAAGGGAGAACUUCUACGUGCCAUCACCGAUUGCGGUUUCGAACAUCCAUCGGAGGCGAAUUACGGUGAGACUGGAUUCGCGAAUCAUCCAGUCUUAUGGAUCGAAUACAAGUCUAACAUACCGUUCCGCCUCACUAUAGUCCAGCAAGUUUGCAUUCCGACCGCCAUUCUCAAUGUCGAUGUUCUUUGCCAGGCGAAGUCUGGUCUCGGAAAAACCGCCGUCUUCGUCUUGACCACCCUUCACCAGCUGGAGCCUGUCCCCGGAGAGUGCUCUGUCUUGGUCAUGUGCCACACCCGUGAGUUGGCUUACCAGAUUAAGAACGAAUAUGCUCGUUUCAGCAAGUACCUUCCCGACGUGAAGACUGCCGUCUUCUACGGAGGUACCCCCAUCCAGAAGGAUGUCGAGGUGCUAUCCAACAAAGAAUCAUACCCCAACAUUGUCGUCGGUACUCCGGGUCGACUGAACGCCCUUGUUCGCGAGAAGAAGCUUUCCCUGCGUAAUGUUAAGGCAUUUGUCCUUGACGAGUGUGACAAGAUGCUCGACCAGAUCGAUAUGCGCCGCGAUGUUCAGGAGAUUUUCCGUGCUACUCCCGCCGACAAGCAAGUUAUGAUGUUCAGCGCUACUCUCUCCCAGGAGAUCCGGCCUGUCUGCAAGAAGUUCAUGAGGAACCCUCUUGAAGUUUACGUGGACGACGACACCAAACUUACCCUCCACGGUUUGCAACAAUACUACAUCAAACUCAGCGAAGCGGAAAAGAACCGGAAGCUGAACGAGCUCCUGGAUAGCCUUGAGUUCAACCAGGUCAUUAUCUUCGUCAAGAGCACACUUCGUGCAAAUGAGCUGGACAAGCUCUUGCGCGAGUGUAACUUCCCUAGUAUCGCUGUCCACUCUGGUGUGAGCCAGGAGGAGCGUAUCAAACGCUACAAGGAAUUCAAGGAGUUCAACAAGCGUAUCUGUGUUGCUACUGAUGUCUUUGGACGUGGUAUCGAUAUUGAGCGUAUCAACCUUGCUAUUAACUACGACUUGCCUGCGGACGCGGACUCGUACCUGCACCGCGUUGGUCGUGCCGGCCGUUUCGGUACCAAGGGUCUCUCGAUCUCGUUCGUCAGCAACGAGGAGGAUGAGAAGGUCCUCAAGGAUAUCGAGAAGCGUUUCGAAGUUGCUCUUCCUGAAUACCCCGAGGGUGGCGUUGACUCUAGCACGUACAUGGCAUAA